GUUGCAUUUGUAAUGUCGGAUAGUUAGGGCUCCAAAAAGUGUCCGCUCCGAACGCCGUCCCCGGAUUUGUAAUCUAGCCACCUUGGCGAGCAUAAAAGAAGCUAUCGACAACAUCACUUAGAUACUUUUCAAGCUUUCUAGUCUCACUAUUGCGAUAAAAUGCCACGUCUCGCCCCCUACCUUGAACAGCAUAAGGAUUAUCAGGGUCCAGGAGAUGCCCGCCCGACAGCUAUUCAGAUUGUAGAAGAUCAGGGUCUUGUCUCGAGCCCCUCGUGGAUUGGUAGAGUUGUUCUCGUCACAGGCUGCUCGCCUGGUGGACUUGGACCCGAGACGGCAAAGGCUAUUCACCUAACGGGAGCUGACGUCUACAUAACUGUUCGAGAUGUGACCAAGGGCAAGCAAAUUGCUGAAGAGAUUUUGGCCGAUGGCAAGCCUGGAAAGGUUGGCGUCAUUGAAAUGGACUUGGCUUCAUUGAAAAGUAUUCGAGCCGGAGCAGAAGAAUUUCUUCGUAAGAGCGACAAUAAACUCAAUGUUCUGAUUAACAAUGCUGGAAUCAUGGCAUGUCCCCAGGGCAAGACUAAAGAUGGAUUCGAGUUGCAGUUUGGCACAAACCACCUUGGUCACUUCUAUCUCUUCCACCUAGUUAAGGACGCUCUCCUGGCCUCUGCAAGCCCUUCAUUCAACUCCCGCGUCAUAUCGGUAUCCUCCGCCGCCCACCGCUACGGCGAAAUCCACUUUGACGACCUGAACUUCGAAAAGAUUGAGUAUACUCCGCUUAAGGCUUACGGUCAAUCCAAGCUUGCCAAUAUCUACUUCGCGAACGAAUUAGACCGGAGGUACAAGUCCCAAAAUCUGCGAGCUUUAAGUCUACACCCGGGAGGUAUUCUCACGCCUCUUACGAGAUAUCUGUCUACCACUCAGGACAUUCUCGAUGAUCCAGACCUGUCAAAGAUGCUGAAGAAUCCUGCCCAAGGAGCGGCGACCACUGUCUGGGCUGCUAUAGCGAAGGAAUUGGAGGGUAAAGGGGGGAUUUACCUCGAUGAAGUUGCUGAAGCUGAGGAGACUCCGCCAGAAGCGCCUUACUACGCGGGUGGCUACAAUGCGCGGGCUUUCGAUCCCGCUGCCGAGGAGAAACUUUGGGCUGUCAGCUUGAAGUUAACAGGUUUAAGCGAAUAAAAUUGUACUCGGAGUAAGGGCUGCCAGGGAACUGUAUUGACAUAGGUAAUUUCGAUCAUGAAUUGUAGUGUGUUCACACCCUUGAGUGAGCCUCGUUCGUUGGUGUUUACUAGGACGAUCCCAGCUGAGACAAUAAGCUACAUAGGUACCUGAGAUUUGAUAACGGGUAUGUGCAUUAUAUAGUACCUAUAUACUAACGUGAUGGUGGCGCUCGAUCGUGCCGGG